AACGUAAGAAGUGAGUCUCGCGUAUUAACAUCUUUGUUUUCACGUGUAAUUUUAAUAAUGAAUAGCAUCGGAUCAAAUUGCAACGAAUUAAAAAAACAAUAUGACACUUGCUUUAAUAACUGGUUUGCCGAAAAUUUUCUCAGAGGAAACACUGAAGAUACAGCAUGUGCAGCAGUUUUUAAAUUGUACCAAGCGUGCGUUAAGAAAGCUAUGAAGGAUCAAAAUAUUGAAUUCAAAGAAAUCACUGAAAUUGAUUAUUUAACUCAUGAAUACUCUAAAGAGGAUUCUGAUAACACUAAUAUGAAUUCAAAUACUAAAAGUUCUAAGUUUACUUUUCAAGUCUGGAAAAUUUUGCAUGGCUUUCUAAUAUCGUCGCCAUAACAGCUUCUAGCUAGCAUAGAAGCGCAGAAACAAAAUGCAUUGGAAAAAUUGAAACAAAGAAGAAAUUUAAUAAUUUUAAUCG